AUUGACAUUAUCCGAGUGUUUAUUUAUCAUUUAUCUUAUAUCUAUUUGCAGUUUAUUUUCAACGAUGGAUUUCAAGUCGCAACCUUAUCCAGAGCUCCAGCCUAUAGAAGAGGUGGCUCUGGACACCGUGGUGUCCGUCAUGAACAGGGCUAAGGAGCAGUUAGGGGAACGGCAAACGUUGAAGGGACUUGCUCGCUGCCGUGAACUCUUCGCCGGUAAAACAAAGUUGAACGUCACCGGCCUCCGAGCUCCCCUGGCCAUCACAGCAGAACGGCUCAUCGAAGACACCAUCAGAUUCCACUGGAAGCUGACAGAUCUGUUCAUGUUCACCCUCAAUUACAAGAACACCUCGUUUGAUGAGAUUUCACAUUACUACUACUACGAGGCCAUAUUCAGCCAGCCUACAGCCAAGUACCCCAUCCCUCAAGCAACAGCUACAGUCUACUUCAGGAUUCAAGAGCAGUACACUCAUCCGCCUAAAAACGCCCCAGUUCCUGUGAUUCAAUUCAGUCUAGAAGGGCAGCGAACAUCUCACGAUAUCCGCUACGUCACCCUCAUGCCCGAAUGGCUGCUGGCCAUCAUCAAGAUGAAGAUCACCCUCUUCAAGCGCAUUGAGGAAUAUAACAUCUUCUGAGGCUGUCAUGUAGAAAACGAGUCCUUAUCUGCCGUUUAGAAAAUAAAAAACUGAAU